GAGAUGGGACUGAUAUCAAACAAGAUUCAUAAGAGCAAACUCCAGCCAGGAGAUCACAUCUACAGCUUCAGAAAAUGGAAGUCAUACUCCCACCAUGGAAUAUUUAUGGAGCCAGAUAAGGUGAUCCACUACACCAAAACCAGAAAAGAGGAACCAGCAAACAAACUGAGACGAAGGCCUGCUUGCAAAACCUGUGGUUUUGACCGAAAAGUUCAUCGAGGAGUGGUCAUAUCAUGCCUUGAUUGCUUUCUUUCAGGCUACGAGCUUUAUCGAUUUGAUUAUCAAGUCCCUUAUCACCAUUUCCUUUUCAAAAGGUCAGGAACUUGCAGCACCGGAAGCUGUGAUGACCCUGCUGCAGUUUUAAACCGUGCCACCGCCUUGCUCAACAGCCAAGAUGGCUUUGGUGAUUACAACCUUUUGGAGAACAACUGCGAAUGCUUUGCGAUUUACUGCAAAACAGGGAAGCAUAUGAGCGAGCAGGCAUGUUCUGCCAAACUUACUAUUAGAACUGUUGCCCAAGCUAUCUUGGAUCAAAGCUCUGGUAGACUUCUUGAAGAUGUGAGAGUUCAUGACCCGGACAAUUACAUGGAGCUGAAGGAGAAGAUUGACAGGUUGAUUCCAUUGCCGAUCAACGAGAUCAUUGCCAUUCUGGGAAAGCUCAACACAAAUGAGGAAGAAGAAGAAAGUAAGACAAUGAAGGAAAAGAAGCAGGAUGUGUUGAGUUCUGAUACUCCCAAAUGAAAACGACCAGUAUUGUAUUUUUCAUAAGCAUAUGAAACAAUUUAACCAUAAUGGAGUAGCUUGUUUUGCAACCCCAAAAGUUAAAAGAAGAUUAGAAAGAGCUACAUAAACACAGAACAUGUAGAAAGGGAAAUAGGGAAUCAGGCCCAAUGGUUCUUCUAUGCAUUCACAAUCUGAAACAAU